GGAAACUCUGUCCCAGAUUCCCAAACUAAUGGCUGGGACAUUACCAACGUCUUUCCUUGGUAAUUGGAGAGGAUCCCCAAGGGGUUCAGCCACAUACCUGAUUUCGAAGGUUGUCAUGCCAAUCACCACUAGUUGAUUUGACCAGACCUGACUCCUGAGUCUCCUGCCCCUUGGGUUUCAGUGAAGCCAAGCAAUUAACCAUUGCCCCCACACGGUACUUCCUUGUUCUCACUUCCUUAGUCUUUCUGUUCCCACUGAAGAGCAAUGAUACCAACCCUCACCGUGCUGCGCAAACCGUCCUUCGGAGUCCUUCCCAGUGAUCGUCCUAUGCUCAAGUCUAUAAAUUCUACGUUCUCUGUCGAUUUAUCCUUGUCAAAUUCGAGUUUUUUUGGUGGGUUUGUCUCAACGAAAGGUGUUUGUGAGAGAAAUAGAGUCCAGGGUCUGAACAAAAUGGUUAAAGCUUCUGCUUUUAAACGUGGUGAUGGUGAUGAAGGUGUUAGAGUGCUUCAACAGGAAACUUUUGUUGAUGGGUCACCCAAGUUUCGUCGGGAGCUUAUGGCUGAUGGGCUGGAGCCCACCCUCAAUAGAAUGAGCAAGUGGCUUGUAGCUGGCCUUUUUGGUGGUGUCAUUCUUUGGAGGCAUGAUGCGGUAGCCAUAUGGGCUGCUAUGGGGUCUGUUCUAAAUUCUAUGCUCUCCAUUAUCCUCAAACGGAUACUAAACCAAGAGCGACCUGUUUCCACAUUGAGAUCUGACCCUGGGAUGCCAUCUACACAUUCACAAUCCAUCUUCUUCACUGUCGCAUUUACUAUUGUGUCAAUUAUGGAAUGGUUAGGGAUGAAUGAAUUUUCGAUAACCAUCAGUGGUCUCACCCUGGCAUUUGGUUCAUAUCUGUCAUGGCUGCGGGUCUCACAACAAUUUCAUACAGUAAACCAAGUUGUCGUGGGUGCUAUAUUGGGAUCCAUUUUCUCCAUUUUGUGGUCAUGGUCUUGGGAUGCUGUUGUGCUACAAGCAUUUAUUUCCUCUUUCUGGGUUCGAACAAUUGUUGUUCUGGGAGCUGCCGGAUUUUGCCUAGGCUUUCUUGUAUAUGUGGUUCUCAAUUGGUUUAGGGAUGAGGACCAAUUCUCCAAAUAGUAGAUAUAAUUGCAAGCUGAGCUGCAAGUUUUCUACAACUUUUCUUACUAAACAAACUAGAAGCUAACUAAUGAACCACUCUAAGAGUGUCUGUGUGCGCACACAAAUGCACGCAUCAUGCAAUAAAAGCCUUUUAACCAUCUAUCUUGAAAAUCAGAUGGCAGGAGCAGAUGUAAAAUUUCAGGCAGCAAUUGUAUGCUAGAGAAGUUGUCUCAUUCUUGAUUAGAGAAUUUCAUAAUAGGCUGGUAUGGGUUGGUAUUUUCCUUCUUCUUUUUUUUUUUUUUUGUUAAUUUGAGUGAAAAGGGAUUAUUUCAUUGGAUCAGACAUUUUAUAAUUAUAUCAGAGGAUUUAUGGAA